AUGGCGGCCAAAAAACCCAUAUCCGUCAAUCUGCGCGACCUACAGCGCGUGCUAAAUGAGGGCAAGCCGGAAAUGCCGCGUUUUUCAAGCGGAGCUAUCGGGGAAGAGGAAGAUGAGCAGCAGGGCUCGUCCUUUGGAGUCAACAGACAAAAAUCUGGCCCGGUGAGGUGGGCAAACGAGGAUGACGAUGAUGACUACGACGAACGGGCGGCGCGUGACGAUAAGCCGGAGCCGGAUUUUAGCACUGUGAGAAGCACAGAGAACCAAUUCUCAAGGUCCGAACAGCAGUCCUACGCGGGCGGCCGCAGCUCGUCACCAGACGGCGAAGGCGGACCGGACGACGACGUAUGGAGAAGCGGCGCGCGCCAAACAGCCCCCGAUCCUGUCGAAGAGGACGACGUAUGGCGGCGACCGAGCACUGGAGGAGCUGAGGAUGGACGGUCGGGAGACUUUAAGCGAGAUGGCGGAAUGGCCAAUGAUGAAGACGACAUGUUCAACAGGUCAUCCAUGCAAAGGGAUAGCCGUGGGAAGAAGCUGUACGUGCCGCCAUCUAAAAAGUACGAAAGCACAGCUUUCAACGCCGGGGAGGGUAGUUCUGGAGGCAACUCAAGAUUCAGCUGCCUAGACACGGGGUACGAACGGAGCUACACCACCUCCAAUGCAGAGUCUAACAAAGCCUGGGAGGCGUUCUCAAUGCAAAGACGCGACUCCGAAACCCGCGAAUCUGGAGGCUACAAUGGACGCGAUGCCUUCAGGGAUUUGAACAAAGAAAACUCCAGGUCGGCUUUCUUCGGAGAUCAGCAGAAAUCCGGAGUUUACGUGCCCGCAUACAGGCGUGCACAGACGCAAAAGUCAACGUGGGCGCCAAAGAACUCAUCCGUACAGGAUAUUUUCAUCAAGGCUGCUGGUCUCACCGAGACUAAGGCCGCGGAGGAAAAGAAGAAACCAACAAAACCGGAACCGCAAAAGGUUCAGGAACAACAGCAACCACAGCCAGACCCGCAGGUACAGCAGAUGAGAGAAGCAGUGUUGCGUCACAAUCGCAUGUACGAAGCAAACCACGAGACUAUCAAGAACGUGGUCGAUGCAGCCAAAACACUAAUCAGUGGAGGUGCAAAGGAUAUUCAGCAGUUGGUACCAGAGGAUGAGGAAGAACUCGUUCCCGCAGUGGUGGCGUGCCUAGUAGCGGCCAAGGCCUGCGAAACAUGCUCCACACUAGAGGAAGUGCAUGAUAAGUUCGGUGCAGUAGCGCCCCUGGUCGUCGAGCUCUGCGAGAGACGCGAAGAAAACAUAGAAGGCAAAUUGCUGACGGAAGUCACCAAAUUCAUAUGCGCCUGGAAGCUACCGGCGAUCGGGGAGUCCCUCUACCUGCUGGAGGCAGUGUUCGACGCCCUGCUCCACUGCAAGGUUGUCACGCCGACGGCGGCGCUGCAAUGGUUGGAGAACAUUCCGGACGACGUCCCGGACAGAGUCAGCGUCAUUAUACAGCUGUUGCCGUGGAAGAAGUGGUUACUCGGCGAAACGCUCGAGGCGGGCCCUGCCGCCUCGGCACACGAGUCAGAGGGGGACGAUGAGGACGAAGAAGAGGAGGAGGACAUAGACAUCGAGGCGUUAGUACCGAAGCCUGUGCGAAUAUCCAAAACAAUGCCGUUUUGA